GGUUCCACCUUUGGAGAGAGAGGCUAAAGAUUAAGAGGAUGACAAAUAGGCAUCUGCUUACACAGCGUUAAGGGCUAAUCUGCCCUGCUAUACUGCAAGAGCCUUGAAGAGAGGGGAUUCUCACACAGGCGUAAUACGCACACAUGCACAACUACCCCAGAGACUCUCAAGGAGAGCAAGGCUCUCCAUGCUUUGUCAAAGGACACCUGGUAGGCUUAGACUGGAGAGCUCUUCCCAUGGAAGAUUCUUGGCUGGGUUGAAGAGUUCAGUCACUAUUGCAGAGACGUGGCCAGCCCACAGACUGGAUGCAGCUGCUUCUGGGCCAACACCUAAGGAGCAAGAGGCUGGAUUAGUUAACACAGCAAAGGACAAGUUGCAGAAAGCAGGGAGCUGAGGCAUCCGGCCUCUCAACAGGAUCAGCCACCAGCAUGGCUGUCUCCCCUACAGACUCAACAAUGAGCAAACGGAUGGAGGGCAGCCAGGCAGGACUCAGCCUGACUCCCAGCAAAGCUGGCAGCCCCAUGUUGCUGUGCAAGGUGUGUGGAGACACCAGCAGCGGAAAGCACUAUGGCAUAUAUGCUUGCAAUGGCUGCAGUGGGUUUUUCAAGCGUAGCGUCCGCAGGAAGCUCAUCUACAGGUGCCAAGCUGGCACAGGUAUGUGUCCGGUGGACAAAGCUCACAGGAACCAGUGCCAAGCCUGCCGGCUGAAGAAAUGCCUGCAGGCUGGAAUGAACAAGGAUGCUGUGCAGAAUGAACGCCAGCCCCGCAGCACAGCCCAGGUGCGACUCGAUGCCGUUGACUUGGAUCCCGACAGGCAAGCUGAACACCUGACCACAACGCGGGAUGUCCUGCUGCCACCACCACCGCCACCCUGCCCCUCCCUGCCGAGCCACAGGGGCCCCACCACCUGCUCUGCAACAGGGGCUCCAAGGGGCCGACCCACAACUCCUCCCAGCAACCACCGCUUCAUGGCCAGCCUGAUGACAGCUGAGACUUGUGCCAAGUUGGAGCCAGAGGAUGCCGAGGAGAACAUUGAUGUCACCAGUAAUGAGCCAGAGCGCCCAGCAGGAGAGGCACACGUGUCCCCAUAUCCCCCCACCAGCUCCGAGAGUGUCUAUGAAACCUCCGCCCGGCUACUCUUUAUGGCUGUAAAAUGGGCAAAAAACUUGCCGGUCUUCUCAAACCUGCCCUUCCGAGACCAGGUGAUCUUACUGGAGGAAGCCUGGAGUGAGCUGUUCUUGCUGUGUGCCAUCCAGUGGUCUUUGCCACUGGAAAGCUGCCCCCUCCUCUCUGUGUCAGAGCUGACCCCCACCCUCAAUGGAAAGGUCCUGUCUUCAGGAAUGGACAUUCGUGUCCUGCAGGAAAUAAUUGCACGUUUCAAAGCGCUUGGUGUGGAUCCCACUGAAUUUGCCUGUAUGAAGGCAAUUGUACUGUUCAAACCAGAAACACGAGGUCUGAAGGAUCCAGACCAGGUUGAGAAUUUGCAGGAUCAGUCUCAAGUGAUGCUGGGACAACAUAACCAAUUACAUUACCCCAGCCAGCCAGUCAGGUUUGGAAAGCUGCUUCUGCUUCUGCCUUCGUUGAAAGUUAUUUCUUCAGACCGCAUUGAGCUUCUUUUUUUCCGUAGGACCAUUGGGAACACUCCCAUGGAGAAGCUGCUCUGUGACAUGUUCAAGAACUGACGCCUCCAAGAUUCCAGAAUGCCAGUAUUUCUAUUUUAAAAACCUUGAACCAAGCACAAGACACAAGCAAAUGCUUCCUCGUGAAUAGGCUUUGGCUUGUCAUAGACUGGAAGGUGGCAUUUGGCUGCAGACCAGGAAAGUCGCUAGGACCCAAACACUGAAUUUUUACAAGGAGUGUUAAUAGUUACCUGAAGUCACACCCUCUUAUUAUGGGACCCUUCUUAUUCAUUCCAAAGAGGCAGUAGGUUUGGAUGUAUGUAUGUAUGUAUGUAUGUAUGUAUGUAUGUAUGCAUAUGCGUGGAGAUGCACUUUGUACUUGCUCAGAGAACUCACCAUUGUUUCCAUGGCCGAGUUUUGGCCUUGAAAGCAGGUUCUGGGACUCAAAUUCAGCUCUAAUUUUAACUAUAAAACUUGCUCCUUAGUGCUGUAAAGUGCUUCUAGCCCACAAAGCUUAGAAUGAACAAGUAGCACAUUUUCCUUUAAAGACAAUCAAGUGUACUUCUACAAUUCAUAGAAGAGGAAACACAGUGGAAGGGGGCGUUUUCCUCUACCUUACCAAAGGAGAGCACCAUGGAAGAGUGUAAGAACACAGUGAUUGGAAAAUGCAGCCUCUAAAAGGGGGCUUCCUGAUUAUUUAAAAAUUAAGACUUUUCUUGGCUAUCAUCCUGUAUUGAAGUAAGUUUUGAGGACAAUCAAGGCACACCACAGCUUGUACAUAAAACAAAGAGAAGGUUGAGGCACAUGCCUGGCCCUAAGCCAACAGAAAUGCUUGACUCUGCCCUUUCAUACUAAGUAGGAGAUGUUAGCUCUGAACUUUUUAUGUGACAAAUGAGACCAGUUUGAAGGCAGAAUCCCUUUCUUAGGGGCUGCUGAUUCAGGAAUUGAGGAAUUUGCUGGCUCUUGGGCUUGUAUAAGUAUUAAUAAACUGGAAGCUUGUAUACUUUUUGAUUUUUUUAAAAAAAUCUGUUUACUGUUUGCAGUUCUGACCCAUUCACCUCGUUUGGAAAGUCACCUAGCUGAACGGAUCCAGUUUCAGGCCUGGAUUGGGGCUCAUAAUCUAUAGUUCAGAUGGGUUUGAGAGUGUUGCCUUUCUACAGCAAUCCAAUCCUAGACUUACUACAGCGGACACCCACUGUCUUUCUAGAGAUUGCCAGACUGCAAACUGGAGAACAUCAUUUAUAUGAAGAACUGAUGAUCCAGUUCUGUGGAAGACCCCUACUCCCUUUGGUUAGGCUUCGAUUUCAAGACAAUCAAUAAGGUUGUUGAUGACAGAUGACAACAAACUGAACUUGCCGGAAUGUCAGGAACAAACUCUUUUUAUAACCAAUGACUAGUGCCUGGAAUAGAGGCAUAAGGAGAGAAAGCGUGUAGCAUUCUGCUAGGGACAGAGUAAUGAAAACCUAUAACCAGUUCUCCUGCUCCUGUUUUUCUAGAAGGGGAAAUAUAAGAAGUUUAUAUGGAAGGGCAGUCAUACUCAGGUUAGCGGGAUGAAAGCAUCCAACAUACUAAGAAAAGGGUUAAUGUUCACAAUGGCUAUAGCAUGCCAAGAAAGGAUUCUGGGAUGUCAUAUACCUUUUUCCAGAGGCAGUUUGUACAGUUAUGAACAGUCUUAUGUGUGACAGCAGCUGAGCAGUCCAUCUGUUCAGCUGCUGUCUGCCUCAGAGUUAGUCAGUCUGAAGGAGUGUUUAUUUUAGAUAGAAACCUAUGUAAAAUGUAUUAGUAACCUAAGUAUCACCUGCCUGUCUUGUACAUUUAAUCUAACAAGUGCAAAUACACUGAGUAAAAGUUAUUUGUUAUUUAAACUUUAAAAACAGAGUGUCUUGCGUAAUUUUAAAUGACCCCAUCUCUUCUUUCGCACAGCUCUGUAAAUGGGAACUUGAGUCUAAUUCCCACAAGAUUCUGCUACUGCAGGCAUCAGGCAUUUGCUAGGGUGGCAAGUGUGAUGGAAAAGUUUGUUUGUUGGGCAAAUUGGGUCACCAAGUGUUUUUCUUUCUUUUCUUUUUCCUGCCAGCAACAGGUUAACAAACGGCAGCAUCUGAUUGGCCAGGGUCCAGCAGUGGCAG